CGCCAUGUUGUUCCCUCGGUGCUGGACGGGAGCAGCUGUAGUCGGACCCGGGCAGUGCCGCCGACGUCUGCUGCCGGCCGCGUCCUCGACCUUCUCUCUUUCCUCACUGCACCCGGACGGGCCGGCCCGGAGCUCCCGGACUUCCUCCGUGUGGCCGCGAGAAACUCCCUGCACUCCUAUAACGAGCCUGGCACAGUGGUGAACCGCUUUCCCUGUUGUCCGUGUCCAAGUGGAUCUUCCCGACAGCCCUAGAGAUGAUGAUGUUUGAACUGAACAAUUAAGGGUUCCGAAAUCAGAGAUCUUGAGAUUAAAAUGGCAGGAAAAUCAUCGCUUCUUAAAGCAAUUCUCCUUGGAGAUGGUGGAGUUGGGAAGAGUUCUCUAAUGAACAGAUAUGUGACUAAUAAGUUUGAUGCCCAGCUCUUCCAUACAAUAGGUGUGGAAUUUUUAAAUAAAGAUUUGGAGGUGGAUGGACAUUUUGUUACCAUGCAGAUUUGGGACACGGCCGGUCAAGAGCGGUUCAGAAGCCUGAGGACGCCAUUUUACAGAGGUUCUGACUGUUGCCUGCUUACUUUUAGCGUCGAUGAUUCUCAAAGCUUCCAGAAUUUGAGUAACUGGAAGAAAGAAUUCAUAUAUUAUGCGGAUGUGAAAGAGCCCGAAAGCUUUCCUUUUGUGAUUUUGGGUAACAAGGUUGACAUCAGCGAGCGGCAGGUGUCUGCAGAAGAAGCUCAAGCCUGGUGCAGGGACAACGGCGACUAUCCUUACUUUGAAACAAGUGCAAAAGAUGCCACGAAUGUGGCAGCGGCCUUUGAGGAAGCAGUUCGAAGAGUGCUUGCUACCGAGGAUAGGUCGGAUCACUUGAUUCAGACAGACACAGUCAGUCUGCACCGAAAGCCCAAGCCCAGCUCAUCUUGCUGUUGAAGUUCGAGAGGUUGCCCGUGCGAUCUAACCAGCUCACACACAUGCACAGAUAAGCACAGGGUGGAGACGAGAAUUCGUGUUUGCAGCGAUGGAUCACGUACUCAUGAAAUUAAACUAGCCAUAUUGCUGCCUUGUUAGUGGGUGGGAGAAGGGACACAUCCACUCCCAGGAGAAUCUCUUUACUCAGUAAUGGCACCUUACCUUUAUAAGUUGUAACGGUUGUCUAAUAAUGUUUAAUUUAAAUAUGUAUGUCACAGAGCUAAUAAAUGAGAUGACCAAGACUUUAUAAUUAAAACAAAACACUUGAGUAUUCUAGGAGUUACUGUUUUUUCCCCGGGAAAAUGGAGAACUACUUUUUCUAUGUGUAUAUUUUUAUGUAAUU